AUGCGGAGCCUACACCCGGGCAACGUCGAUGUGGUCAUGGCUUUGGGAGAUUCGAUCACGGCGGGCUUUGCCAUGCGUGGCGUCUUUCCUGCCGAUGUUCUCGAGUGGCGAGGCGAUGUGUACUCGAUGGGCGGGAACAAGGGCGCGCUGACGGUCGCCAACUUUAUCAAGACGUACAACAGUCAUGUGGUCGGCGCCGCGACGGGAACGAGCCUGCCGCUGACAAAGGGCAAGGCGCUUAAUGCUGCUGUGUCGGGUGCAAAGAUCUCAGACGUGCCGGCACAGAUCGAGUAUCUCGAGCACACGUUCAAGACCAAGUACGCCUCGACGUCGCUGGCAGACUCGAACAAGCUGCUCACGCUCUGGAUCGGCGCCAACGACAUCUGCGGCGCGUGCAAGCACGGCAACAUCUCAGCGCAGGCUGCGGCGUACGAGGCCAAGAUGGAGGCGGUGCUCGACAAGGUCUUUGCCACAUUUCCGCGCACCUUUGUCUCGGUCCUCACCAUCUUCAACGUCUCGGACGUCUACGUCGCCGGCCAGCAGAAGGCCUACUGCCGCGAGAUCUUCAAGAUCGUCCAGUCCGAGUGCGGAUGCAUGGAAAAGUACGGCUGGGAGGGCCGCGCCGCCAUGGGCGAGGCCGUCGUUGCCUUCAACAACGUUACCCACGCCGUCGUCGCCAAGUUCCAGGCCAAGCUCGAUCCGGCCACCUCCUGGGUCGUCGUCCAGCCACAGAACGAGCGUGCGAACAUCCCAGCCAUGGGCGAGGACUACCUCUCCGAUCUGGACUGCUUCCACCCGUCGCUGUUUGGUGACAAGGCCUUUGCCAUCGGCCUCUGGAACAACAUGUUCCUCCCGCCCGAUCGCAAGGUCCACACCCUCAACCCGACCGUCGACGGCCAUAUCUACUAUGGCAUUGCUGCCCAUGAGGAUGGGCCUCUGUACGAGGGCAAGGUGGCAAUUGUCUCGCUGGGCGCGCCGAUCGUCAUGCAGUUCUUUGACAAGGUGUCGCGGGAGCAGAUUGCGGCUGUUUUCCUCCCGCCGCGCUCGCUGCUUGUCUUUGCCCAUGCCGCCUACACCGAUGUCCUCCACUGCAUCGACGCCCGUGAGCACGACGUCAUAAGCCCCGAGACUGUCGACAACUACGCCGACGCCGCAGCUUGGUGCGCCGCCCAUCCCUCCGCUGCCACUGUCCUCCAUCCGCCCGCAACUGCCCCGCUCCCUGCUUCCCCGGCGUACACCGUCCCUCGCGCUACCCGUACCUCGAUCACCAUCCGCCGCGUCCUCAAGGUCUCCAAGUUCAAGCUCCGCCUCUGAUCGCGCCGCCGUCCCACAUGCGCACGCCGUAUCACGCCACACGGUACCAUACCGUGACGUCGCGCCUGGCUUGCGAGUCCCUUCACCACAUCUGGGUU